GUCCUCUCUGUAUCUCUGGCCUUUCAAGAGGACACUUUACGGCUCAGUUUCUUAGCUGAGGCACAGCAGCUAGAGCGUGAUGGAGAUCAGCAGCAGCAGCAACAGCAGGGAAAGUGGAACCGAGGCCACGGCUCCAGAUGCUCGGCACGGCGGCCCGGGCCGCCUGAACAUGAACCGCUACGCCAACAAGAAGAGCGUGGCUGAGAGCAUGCUGGACGUGGCGCUGCUGAUGGCCAACGCCUCGCAGCUAAAGGCCGUGCUGGAGCAGGGGCCGAGCUUCUCCUUCUACACUCCCACCAUCACCCUAAUCGGCAUCUCCCUCUGUCUGCAGGUCACAGUUGGGGUCCUGCUUAUCUUCAUAGUUCGAUGGAACCUGAAUGAUGAGCAGAAACACCCGACGCUGGACUGUAUGGAGAGCUUGGCCACGAGUUUAGUUUUUGUCAUCGUGGUGGUGAACGUCUUCAUCGCAGCCUUCGGGGUGCACAGGCCGAACCGCAGCGACUGAACAAGACUGCACACACAGGGGAGACAGAGGCAGAAAGGUGCUGCUCAGCGCUGCAAAUCUCCGGCAAUCAGAAACCUGAGCUCUCCUCCACACCUUUAAAGUACACACCAUCUCUGAUGUGGCCAUUUCCCUACUGAUUAUUUAUGUAAACGAACAGAGAGGGUUUCCAUUUCGCACACACUUCUUUCAGGGGCAGGCAAGUAAACAGCCCUUUAUUAACUUUAUUCAUCCAAUUAAUUUGACUGUCAUUAAUAUUUAAUGCGGCCUGCUUUGGACCGUCACUGUUUCAAAUCCCACUCCUCGUUCCCUCUUUGGUGAACUGAGUGAGGGAGCAGUGCCCUCUAGUGUUUUUAUUGAUGCACUUCAGUCAAUGAGGUAAAUGCUUUCACAUGAUUAUUAUGUUGACAAAGCUCGUAAACAAUGUCCUCUGGUAACUGCUCAUUUCCCCUGUGAACACAGCACUGUGUGCAGUAUUUAAUGACCUGGUUUUCUACAAAUAUCUGUGUCGCACCAUAUUAAAAAUAACACGCAACCAUGGA